AUGCCAUUAAUGUGCGAAAUUGACCUUCCAUUCCUCUCUAAAUACUUUCAUUUACCAAUAAAUGAUGUAGCUAAAGAGAUUGGAGUAUGUGCUACUGUUUUAAAGAAGAUUUGUAGAAAGAAUGGAAUUCCAAGAUGGCCACAUAGAAAGAUUAAAAGUAUUGAUAAGAUGAUUUCCAAUCUUGAAAAUACCACUCCAAAGAAUAUGGAAGUAGACGUCCGUAUUAAAGAAGAGAUUGAAAACCUCAAGAGAAAGAAAGCCUACCUUAUCAAGAACCCAAAUAUCCUCGGUUUCAAGUCAAAGACCAUCAAAGAGUCUGUACUUGAGGGCCAAGGUCAAAUUGAUCUUUCUGGAAUCGAACCAUCUAGUAGUCCAACCCCAUCUAGUAGCCAAGCUUUUAAGAAUCUUGGUGCUAUCUCCAACCCAUACAUUCAUCAAAAUCAAUUGAUGAUGGAUGAACAACAACUUUGUAAUAAUAAUAAUCAACAAAAUCAAAAUCAAAAUAAUAAUAAUAAUAUCAAUAGUAGUAGUGAUAACAUAAGUAGUUCAGUACCAACUUCUCCAAAUUAUCAUUCAUAUCCAUAUCAACAACAACAACAACAACAACAACAACAACAACAAAACUUUAAUUAUUUCCAUACUCUUACCAAUGUAGCAUCACAACCACAAAACCAACAACAACCACAACCACAAUAUAAUACUGAAUUAUUACGUACACAAUUCUAUCAACAACCCCAACAACAACAACAACAACAACAACAACAACAAGUAGUCCAACAGCCACGUUUCAUUUCGAGCUCGCCAAGUAAACUUGUUCCAUCCCAACAAGGACCACCAUCACCAUCGCCAAGCACUUGGAGCAUUCACCAAGACUCACCAUUCCAAACACUCAAACAAGUCGUUACCGAUGAACAACAAGUCCAUCAACAUAAACGUGUAUCACCACAACCAGUACAAUCAUCGACUGAAAGUUCCAACGGAUAUUUAAUUCAGCUUCCCAAAUUAAUGAUUCCAAACUCUUCUUCAUUUGGAGAUCUCGUAUCCCUCUCCACCAACUCCUCUCAUUUACAAACCCUUGAGCCAACCUCGCUCAUCGAAACCUCUGUACCAUCAUCUCAACAAAACUCCCCAUCUUCCCAACACUAUGCACUACCAUCGUGGUUUAAAAAGGAACAUGACAUGGUCCUUCAAAAUUUUUCCCAACACCAACAACAACAACAACAACAACAACAAAGAACUUCACCACAACAACAACAACGAUCCAAUAAUGUUAUUAGAGUUGAUCAAUUAAUUUCCGACGAAGAUAAUGUCCCAAUUGUUAUCCAACACUUUACUUCACCAUCUUCUUUAAUUGAUUGCUAA